UUGCCUGGCUGCCUCCUAGGGGAGGAGAGACUCCUCAGAGGGUUUGACGGGCUGAGAGGCAGAGCUGGAGUUUAUCUGAUCCCUCAGAGACGCAGGUCCCACUGCGUGGAGGGUGGAGGUCCUAGGAACGUGUAGGGCUCGCAUGUAGAGAGACCCCAUAGCGACUCCCAGCCAGUGUGCCCCCAGAGCCUCGGGUCCCACUUGCUGAGGACUUGAGGAAUAGACCCCAAGGGCUGAGCUCUUGCUCUAACUCUGUACUCAGGGCAGCGGGCAGAGAUGCCAUCUAGAGAACACACAAGACGGGGGUGCCCAGGCUCCCCAGCAUCCCUGCUUCUCUGGGGAGGGAUGCCCCACUCCUCCCUGUGGCCUCAGGGAGAGACUUGGACCUAACGAUGGAACGGAUUCAGAGGAGCUAGAGGAGAGGUGUUCUGGGGGGACAGGAAGCCUUUCCCUCGCACCCGAAAUCACCCUCGGAAUAUUCGUGUGACAAGUGGCACACCCAUGUGCUGGGGUCUGUGCACACCCAGGCUCCUUGCUCGCUCCAAGCCGCAGGCAGCUGGCCGCACCCUCCGUUACAGACCUGUUGGCCACCUGGGCUGGGAGUUCAGUGACGCCCAUGGGGCCACCCUGAUUCCACUCAGUUCCAGCACAUCUGCCUCCACAGUCUGCCCUGUGGGGUGAGCACUGACAGGCAGCCCGAGAGGAGCCCAGGAUGGCAGGCCAGGCCCCCUCUCGCCCAGGACCUGCUGUGUCCACCGCGCAAGGCUCCCUUCCCCUUCCCAGCCGUGCUCUCUGCGGAGAUCACCUCGGCAAGAAGCUUCCACAGUGGCCCGUCUGCCAUCAGGGCCAGGGGCUGAGGGGAGGCCGCCGAUGGCCCCCCGUGUGGUGUGGCUCCCUUCAGCCUCCCCUGGGCGGGCCCCGCCACUCCAAUUCCUGCAUUUCUGGUCUGCGGCUGGUCUGUCCCUCCCUGGGAGGAGGAUUUUGCCCAAGGACAUGAUGGGGAGGGUGGAGAGCCUUCCUCCUCCCUUUGCUCCAAUUGCAGAAAAGGAGGGGUUCCCGUCCCACGGCAAGGCUGCCACAGAGGCUGUGCCCUCACACACACUCAGCCGCCCGUCCCCGCUGCAGUGCCCAGCUCUGAGCCGGUUGGCAGCAAGGUCGGAAGCUCCGUGACAGGUGUGGGCAACAUGGCCGAGGAGCUGCCUCCAGAACAGGUGGCCAAGUUCAAGGAGGUCUUCUCCAGAUUUGACAAGAACGGUGACAACACCAUCAACACCCAGGAGCUGGGUGCCGUGAUGCAGGCCCUGGGCAAGGAUAUGUCAGAGGCCGAGCUGAAGAUGCUCAUCGCCCAGGUGGACACAGACGGUGAUGGGGUCAUCAGCUUCCAAGAGUUCCUGGAGGCAAUGGUCAAGAGGAUGAAGUCCUGGGGCAGUGAGCAGGAGAUGCGGGAGGUCUUCCGCGCCUUCGACCUGAACGGCGAUGGCCACAUCAGCGUGGACGAGCUCAAGCAGGCUAUGGCCAAGCUGGGCGAGUUGCUGUCCCAGGAGGAGCUGGACACCAUGAUCCAGGAGGCCGAUGUGGACAAGGACGGGCAAGUGAACUACGAAGAGUUCAUGCGCAUCCUUUCCCAGAAGUGAGACCCAGUCCUGGCCCGUCUCCCGCUGGAAUCCGGUCCUCAGGCCUCUUCGGGGCCCCUGCUUGUGUGGCGGGGAUGUAAAGGGCAAGGGUGGGUGGUAGUUGGGAAAUUACCUACUGGUGGGAAAGCAUGGCCUCUCUUGGGCUUGGGUUCUGAGCUCUCUGCGCCUGGUGAGACCCUACAGAGAAGUGGGGAGCCCCCACCUCGCUGUGCCGAGGAAACCCAACACAAUGUGGUGAUUGAAAUAAAAGCAGUGUGAGCUCCAAA